UCAGUCUGCAAGUUCAAUUUAGAUUUUAAAGCCCAAGUGGUUGAUGCAAGCGAGCAAACAUGUCCGGAUACAGAGGAAACAAAAACUUGUUCUCCCUAAUAAUCGUUUCCUAGGAAUUUACAGUACGGAAGUGUUAAACCCUUCAGUUGACAUCUAAAACCUCAGUUCGAUUUGAACUCGGACCUCGUGGAAAUGGUAACCGAAGCAGAGACAAAGCUUCAAUUAUUUCUCCAAUGGCUUCAGGUAAAUGGAGUGGAGCUACGAGGUUGCAACAUCAAAUACUGCGAUUCUAGUAAAGGGUUUGGUCUAUUUUCCUCUAUUAAUGUUCCUGAUGGGGUUUUGCUGGUUGUGCCUCUUGAUUUGGCUAUAACCCCCAUGAGAGUUUUGCAAGACCCUUUAGUGGGACCACCAUGUAGAGCAAUGCUGGAGGAAGGUGAAGUGGAUGAUAGGUUCUUGAUCAUAUUGUUCCUGACUGUCGAACGUCUCCGUAGUAAUUCGACAUGGAAACCGUACCUUGAUAUGAUUCCUAGCUCCUUUGGAAACCCACUUUGGUUCACUGAAGAUGAGUUUCAGGAACUGAAAGGGACUACUGUUUAUCGAGCCAGCACGUUGCAAAAAAAGAGCUUGCAAGCUAUCUUUGAGGAAAAGGUCAAGGAUCUGGUAAAGAAACUUCUGAUUAUGAAUGGAGACUCAGAAAGAGAGGUGGCUUUUGAAGACUUUCUAUGGGCUAAUUCUGUCUUCUGGACUCGUGCUCUGAACAUUCCUCUUCCACGAACUUAUGUAUUUCCUGAAGGAUCCGAGAUUCCUGCAGUUGAUAGCAUUUCCAAUGGGGUAAAUAUUACCUCUAUGGAAGGAGAGACCCUAUGGGUUGAAGGACUUGUUCCAGGAAUCGACUUCUGCAACCAUGCUAUAAAAGCUGCAACAACAUGGGAAGUUGAUAGCACUGGAUCCACCUCCGGAGUUCCCCUCUCAAUGUAUCUUCUGUCUGUAAAUCAAGGUCCUUCUAAUAUUCAGAAAGAGAUAACUAUCAGCUAUGGCAACAAAGGGAAUGAGGAGCUGCUUUAUCUAUAUGGAUUUGUUAUUGAAGAUAAUCCAGAUGAUUUUCUGAUGGUGCAUUAUCCAACAGAGGCUCUUCAAAGUGUUUCAUUUUCAGACUCCAAAACACAACUCCUCCAAGCACAGAAAUCUGAAUUACGGUGUCUGCUACCUAAAAGCUUGCUGGAUCGCGGUUUUUUCCCGAACUCAUCCUCAGAAAGCAAGAACGUUCAAGAAUGUGCCAAGGACAAGGGCCCCAAUUAUAGUUGGAGUGGCCAGCGGAAAACCCCUUCAUAUGUGAAUAAACUUGUUUUCCCUGAGGAUUUUUUGACUUCCUUGCGGACUGUUUCCAUGCAGGAGAAAGAACUUUUCAAUGUUCAAUCAUUGCUUGAAGAGCUUGUUGGAACUGAAGGGGAGAGGGAGCCGUCAGACGCUGAAGUUCGAGCAGCUGUAUGGGAAGCUUGCGGUGAUUCUGGAGCUUUGCAACUUCUUGUUGAUCUUCUGAAUACAAAGUUGAUUGAUCUUGAAGAGGGUUCGGGUACAGAAGAGUCUGACUCCAAACUACUUGAUAAAACUUGUAUCAGAGAUAGCCCUGCUUUUUCCAUAAGUUUGAGCAACGCAGAGUCUAGCACGGUUGAGGUGAUGAGCAAAAACAGGUGGGCGAGUAUAGUCUAUCGUCGAGGACAAAAGCAACUAACCCGUAUGUUCCUACGUGAAGCCGAACAUGCCUUGCAACUAUGCUUGAAGGAAGAGUGCUAGAACUUCCCUAAGACCCUAUCCUAUACAACAUCAAACAGCAUAAAUCUUUGCACCCCAUUUUACCCUGUAAGUUUUACGUCUUAUGUUAUUCAUUUUCGGGGUAUAUGUUAGUCAAGAAGCUAUAGUCAAGAUCAAUGGCUGCAUAUUUAUCUUGAAUCCUGGAGCCGGAGGAGCUCAAAUCUGCAGAGCUUCAUAUGUUUAUUUUAGGUUUUGCCUUUGGAUUAUAGUUUGUUUUUAUCUUGGAAAAUUAAGCAUUCAUGCAACAUAGUCGGGCUGAGUCCUUAUUCAAAUGUUCUUGCACAUAUAAGGUGUAUAAUAAAUUUAUUAUACACUAGUAUAACAUUUAUUCAUUUUUUUCUUAUAA